GUCACUGUGGAUACCAUGAACUCGUAAACACCUCCACCUACAGCUUAAGCUCCUUCUGGAAUUUAAAUGAUGCAAUAAGAAAUUAACUGUCUAUUAUUAUUUUUUAAAUAUGUAUAAUUCUUCAUAAGUGGAGCCAUGUGGCGGCGUCUGUCCAAGGACGUCAUCGUUGCGCACGUCACGUUCUUUUCAGGCCACAAAGGAGAGGUGAAUUGCUGUGCAUUCUCGCCUGACUGUCAACUCGUUCUCACAUGCUCAGAUGAUGGCCGCCUUUACCUUUGGAGAACGUUUAAGGGGAAACUUGUGGCCAAAGUACACGGUCACACAGGGCCAGUGAAAUGCUGCACUUUUUCCAAAGACGGCCGUUUGUUUGCGAGUGCGUCACACGACUGUACUGCACGUGUCUGGAGCACGUCACCCAUCCAGUGCGUUCACAUUUUGACAGGUCACUUGCGAAGUGUUGAGACGGUGUCCUUCAGUCCCGACGGCCGAAGCCUUGUAUCAGGGGGAUGGGACAACAUAGUACUGGUCUGGGACAUCCAAACUGGGCUCAACCUGAGGCAGUUCUGUGGUCACAGUGCUGCUGUUCAGAGCAGUGCAUUCUCCACAGAUUCACAGUGGCUGGCCACAGGCUCAUGGGAUCACACUGUGAAAGUGUGGAGGCUCAGUGGUGAUGAGGAGGUCGUGACCUUAACAGGGCAUCAGGGGAAUGUGGCCUGCCUCUGCUUCUCCAUCACUGGGAUGUUGGCAUCCGGUUCGUGGGAUGGAACAGUGCGCGUGUGGUCACUGCAGAGGCGUGAGUGUGUGUUCGUACUGGGUGAGGGCGAGCGUGUGUGGGUGAGGUGUGUGGCUUUCUGUCGAGAUGGAUCAGUACUAGCAUCCACUGCUGAAGGGGACAAGGUUAAAGUCUGGGACAUGGCAGAUGGCAGGUGUAUAAAGUGUUUACAGGGGCACAAGGACUCAGCAUACGGGUGUGUAUUCAGCCCUAGUGGUGCCCUGCUCACCAGUGGAUCUGACCAGCUAGCCCUGGGUGAGGAGGAAGACACUGAUGUUGAAGAGGAAGAAUACAAUAAGCGAGAGGACGGACAAGACAAACUAAAGCUUACACACUGUAAAUUUUUUUGGAAAACAGGAAGCUGACACCAUUUCUGUUUAAACAGUUUUCUCUGUGUUACUGCUUAGAUAAGGGUAUAGAGAAGAAUUUGUAUUUUUUGUUUUCUUUGGUGGAUAGAUUAGGUAAAAUAUUCUUACAGUUACAUUGAGUUUUGUUUAUUACUUUGGCUUCUGAAACCAAUAUCCCUUAUUUAAGAAGAAAGUUUUAAAAAUAACAAUAUAAAGCAAAUGCAACUCUGAUCUCUCCACCUCUUUAUUUUGUAUGUUAGGGCCUGACCUAGACUGGGGUCUGUAUUCAUCAACCAUCUCAGAAUUAAUAAAAAACAUGCUGUACUUGUUACAAAAAUGACAGCUCAGAGUAGUAUCUCCGAGUCACAUGAUAAAACUACUUGUACCUCAAUCUCAGUACUCUUGUGCACAUGCCCUUGUUGACUUGCCAUAUCUAUUUUCUCUUUGGGAAAUCCCUGACUCCUUCUUAGAAGCAUGUUAUUACUCUAUUAGCUUAAAUUAUUUUAAUCACUUCUGUGAAAGCUUGUAGUAUUGCACACAAAGGAGAUGACAAUUCAUUUGUACCAAUGACUGAAUAUAUGAGCAGACGUUGUAACAAGGAUUCAGAAGUGAAGCCAGAAUGUCUCUGAUACCCUCAUGUGGCUGGCUGCAGUACAAUUCUUAACCCUGCCCAUUCCCAUGUUAAUGUGACAGAUGGAAAGCUUUUAUUUUAGCUUAUAUCUCCAUAAAUUAUUUUCGGGAAUAGUGUUCUGUUGUUUCUACAAGUUCAGCAGACCUUUCCAUUAUGAUAAAUGUGUUUUAUAAGACUUAUUUGAUGAUAAAUAAAAGGGUGUGGUUGAUGAGA